AUGUCCAUGUUUGCCUUUCUCGCGCUCUGCGACACCGACAAAGCUGCGCUUGCGGCAGCGCACCCGUCCCCGAUGCGCGCCGCCCGGCCGCUCGUCAUGUCCCGCGUCCUUGACGCCGUCAUAGCCCGCCUCGGCUGCUCACGAUCUGAGGUCGCGCGAGGCGCCGAGCUUGGUUGUGGCAGCGGCCGGCUGUGCCGGCUGGCGGCGCAGCUGCUGCCAGGGGCGGAAAUUGUGGGGGUCGACGCGUCGCCCUACAUGGUGGCCUGGGCCAACGUUGGCGAGCUGGCAGCCCCUGACGAGGUGGUUGGGGGCGGCCGUCUUAGCUUCAGGGCUGGCCUGGGGGAGGCCACGGGGCUGGAGGCAGGCACCUUUGAUUUCGUCAUGGUGCCCUUUGUCGCCCACGAGCUGCCCCACUCCGCACGCCUGGCGUUUCUGGCAGAGGCAAACCGCCUGCUGCGCCCCGGUGGCGUGGUGGCAUUCGUCGACCAUCGGCAGGACGGCCUGGAGCACGUCAUCUUCCACAGGCUCAAGGGCGCCGCGCCGCUGCUGGGUGAUGCGUUCCAUUGGCUGCUGAAUGUCGGGGCGCCUGAGCCCUUCAUCAGAGAGUACCAUGAGCACCUCAUGCAGGACUCCUUUCGUGAGGCGGGCUUCGAGGGCGGCGAGCGGUCCGGCUUUGUGGACGUCACACGGUGGCAGCAGGCCAUGCUGGCCACAAAGCCGCGCUGA